UGUAAUCUCAGAAAUGUACAACACAGAUGCCUGUUUUGGUUUGUGCAAAGCAAAGCAUGCUGGACCACAGUUUAACGCCCAAAAUGGCGGCACGAUUGAAAAGUUUUGGCUGUUUUGUCCGAGUUUGUCUUCUCUGUAGACCAUUUCUUUAGUUGUUCUGAAUCCAAGGAAACAUCUCUUCUUACAUGUGUAUAAUUCCGCCAUUUUUUUCUAAUAGUUUGGGCCCAGAAUAAGAAUCAGGAUGGCAUUUUGCCUUAAACUCAAAACUGGGCAUCUCUUCACAAAUGCUAUGCUACGUUAAGGUAGCCUAGCAAGCUAUAUGUUGUCAGAUAAAUGCUUGGCUAAAAGCUUCGGUCGUAACAACUUGUGUCACCUGGAUCCCUAAACUGAAGAGAAUAUGAAGACCAAAAUCGUAACUUAGCAAUGGAGGAUGAUGUAAAAAAAGUAAAAAAGCCAGGCAUCGUGUCUCCAUUCAAGCGCGUCUUCCUGAAAGGAGAGAAAGGGAGGGACAAGAAGGCCCAGGAGAAGGCCACCGAGCGCAGGGCCCUGCACACCUUCUCUCUGUCUCAGCCUGACCACCGCAUCGACCCCGACAUCCUGCUCAACGACUACAUCGAGAAGGAGGUCAAAUACUUAGGACAGCUGACAUCAGUGCCAGGAUACUUGAAUCCAUCAAGUAGGACUGAGGUCCUUCAGCUCAUUGACAAUGCAAGAAAGUCGCAUCAGUUGGCGGGCCAGCUGACACCAGAGCAGGAUGCAGUGGUUAGCUUGUCGGCGUACAACAUCAAACUUGUAUGGCGAGACGGAGAAGACAUCAUCCUGCGAGUGCCCAUUCAUGACAUAGCUGCCGUCUCCUACAUCAGGGAUGACUCGCUGCACCUGGUGGUGCUAAAAACAGCCCAGGAGUCUGGAGGUUCUCCCUGUCCCAGUUCAUGUCCUGAUCUCAACAAGUCCCAGACCCUGAGCUCCUUGUCAGAAAGCGGGGCUGUACUUGUGGAAGUUUGCUGUCUGCUUGUGCUGGCGGUUGAUAAUAAGGCGGCCGCAGAGGAGCUGUGUCUUUUGCUCAGCCAGGUCUUUCAGAUUGUUUACACAGAAUCCACCAUCGACUUCUUAGACAGAGCCAUUUUCGAUGGAGCCACAACACCUACCAGACACCUUUCUCUGUACAGCGGUGAGGAGAAACCAAAAUCAGAGCCAUCCCGCACAAAUGCAACGGAUUAUUGGUUUGAUUUAAUGUUUACAUUUAUACAUUUUGUCCAAUUCAAAGAUGAUUCUUCAAGCAAAGUGGAUGUCAAAGAACCUUUUGAUGAAGAAGCCAGCUCCUUCCCCAUCCAGGUUACUAUGGAUGCAGACGGAAGCUCUCCAUCUGCAUCCACCCCGGCGUCCCCUCAGACCAAGACGGCCAGUGAAGGAGAGCUCAGCACGACUGCGGCCGAGCUGCUGCAGGACUACAUGACCACAUUGCGGACAAAGCUGUCGUCACAAGAGAUCCAGCAGUUCGCUGCUCUGCUCCACGAAUACCGCAACGGCGCCUCCAUUCACGAGUUCUGCAUCAACCUGCGGCAGCUCUACGGGGACAGCAGGAAGUUCCUCCUCCUCGGCCUGCGUCCCUUCAUACCAGAGAAGGACAGCCAGCACUUUGAGAACUUCCUGGAGACCAUUGGAGUGAAGGACGGCCGAGGGAUCAUCACGGACAGCUUCGGCCGCUGCAAACGCACCGCCAGCUCGGCGUCCGAUUCCACCACCAACGGCAACGGCGCCACCGGAGGGAGCAGUGAGAGCACAGCCUCGGACGAGGGCCAGGAAGCCUCGGAGGGGGACGAAUGGGACCGCAUGAUCACGGACAUCAGUAACGAUAUCGAAGCUCUGGGCUGCAGCAUGGACCAGGAGGCAGUGACCCCCUGACACCUGGGACAGGGGCUGGUGGCCUACCCGGAUGAGCAGCAGGCCACAGCUGCGCGGAUGAGAUGAAGGUGGUCCUAAGCACUGACCCUAAGAGUUAUUUCAUUGUAUAUUCCUCUAAUUGUUGAGAGGACAUUCCAUUGUCUCCACACUCAAGGAAAACCUCAACUUGUUACCAUUGAAUCAACAAAUGCACUUAUGGAAACCUUGUAGUUGACAUGCAGUUAAGUGUGCUUGUAUUGCAUUUCAGAUGGAUUGAUGGCCUCUGAUUUUUUUUUACAUUUUUUGACAACUUUCUUCUUUGGUUUUGUACUCAUUUAUUGGCAGCAUCUGCCACUGCUAUCAGUAAUGUAGCAAACCUCUCCAGUCAGUGCAACACAGACUCCGGAGAGUUAAUCAGAGGACUGUUCACAUGUUUGUUUUGUUUUUUCAGAAGGCAAAGACUGAGGUUUGUGCGUUUUGUGUAGCUAGAAAUCAACCGGCUUCAUUCACCAGAACUUUAUUUUUCAUCACGUGGUCUUGCUGUGACCGUGUAACAUUUUGCUACGUAUAAUGUUUUUAUCAGUAAGAUUUGUAUACUGCUUUGUUUUACAUUAUUAUUUAACCUGUUUAUCAGUGUUAUCUCAUUUAUAGAGUUUUUUUAUUCUAUUCUAUUUUUUUGGUUGUCGUUUUUUUUGCUUUGUUCAGAAUGAACGAGAAAAUGCUGUAAAAACAAAGACCCGUCGAUUUUAAAACAACUGACAAAACCAUUGAGUGGCUGGCUGAUGUAAAUUGAUGAUUUUCCAUCUUCAGAGUCGUCAUGCAGGUCAUUCUUUGUGGCGUGGCAUUUGCCACUGUGCCUUCACACCACAGUACUACUGCCAGCUGUCGGACACAGACGGGCAGGAAGGAGCCCUGGUUAUUAAAUCCAUUUUCACCCAUUGUAUGUUGCUGGUCACGAUCCAUAAAAACAUGACCUUUGCACGCGUCUGCUGUACGGUCUCUGGUAGCGAGCACUUUGAGGGGAGACUAACUUCUUUGCUGGGAUGCACCUAAACUACAAAACUUCACGAAAGCAAUCAUCCAUGAAACUGCCGGGACAGCUCGAGAUGAACACGUUCUGAGUCCUUAAAGGCCCCCCAGCAGGCUUUUACUCACAUUCCUCACAGAUCUCUUUGUGUAUGACCACCCCCUCUUUGGUGAAUAUACAUACAAAUGUAGAACCAACACAACCGUUGAUCCUGGUUUGUUAGGCCUGCAGGCAGAGCCUGAUGGGCUGACGGGCUCAGACAGACAGGGCUGCUCUGAACAGACGACUUGUGUAAGAAUGUUUUUCUUUUUUUUGUCAUCACAUCAUCUCAUCAUGUUGCCACCAAAGGAGAUUAAAUCAUUGUUUAUGAUGUGCCGUUGGUGUAAUUGAACUUUUUUUUCAGUGCUAAAAGGAAUUGAAAUUGGCCUCCUGUAAAGUCCUCUCUUUAAUCCAAUUUCAGACUUAACAAAGAAAGGACCCUUUUUAAAAAAAAAAAAGCCAUUUUGGGGGAAAAAAACGUAUUUUCUGAAAAGAUAAUUGAAGGCACUUCUGUUGUUUUAUAGAGCUUGCAAAUAAACAGCAACAGUUAGGAGCUCCUGUUGCCUAAAUCCCUGUGUUUAAGAAGGCUUUGUUCAGCCAACUCCCUGCUCAGUUCAUGGAAAGGAUGGUUUUUAAAUUGUAAGGAAAACUCCAUUAAAUUUAUCUUUGAGUGAAAACAACUUUUUUGUGGAAAUCGGAUUUCACAAAGAACCUCCUCAGACUAUU